AGUGGCGGCAUAGAAACAUCCAUUAGCGAGGCUUCGGUCUGCUUGUGGUGUUGAUAGUCAAGUCCCUCCAGCGCGCCCUCCACGCCGCCGCCGCCGCCGCCGCCAUGUCGCCGCUCGUUCGCUCGCUGCUCGCGCUCGCCGCGCUGCUCGCCGCCGCCGACGCCCAGCAACAACAAUGCACGACAAAAUAUGUUGGUCAACAAACUAAUCAUCCUGUACCUAUAAAUUCUGUACAUGUGCCUUACCCGGGAGCAACAGUGACCAUUUAUGGUGAAGCUUGCGGGCCAUAUAGGAAGCCCGUCGGUGAAAAGAUAGUGUGUUGCAACUCCAGCCCAUACUCCUAUUAUAUUCCACCCGAAAUCGUGGGACCAGCUUACCCUCCCAAUUUGUCACCCUUCGAUGUUCACUGUCAGGAUCCCGCGGGAUGCGACUGUCACAUCACCCAGUACUGUCCUGAUUAUAAAAUUUAAUACGUUCACGUUUUGAACACUCAACACACGUUUUGAAUUAUGAUUUAAUAAUGUAGCUAUUGACAAACGGAUACUACUUAUGUUCACUUAUGAAUUAUUUUGUUUUAUUGUGUUUGUGUUAAUGCAACGUGCACUAGCUGUUUGUUUACUGCUGUGAUUCUUCGUCUAAAUUUCACAAAUGUUUAUUUUGUUAUAAUAUUUGAUUUAACGUUUAAUUGUUUCUAAAUUGUUAGUUUUAUUUUGUGUAUAGUGCACAAUAAAUAAUAUUUAACGUUCAUGUUUUAAAUAAAGAUUGUAUUGCA